AUGCAUCACAUCCCGGCCGUGCAUCGCUCCAUCCUGGCCAUGCAUCACAUCCCGGCUCUGCAUCGCUCCAUCCUGGCCGUGUAUCACAUCCCGGCUCUGCAUCGCUCCAUCCCAGCCGUGCAUCACAUCCCGGCCGUGCAUCGCUCCAUCCCAGCCGUGGACCACUCCAGCCUGGCUCUAUGUUGCUUUAUCCCCGCUGUGCGUCUCUCUGUCCUGGCGCUGGAGCAUCACCUCUCCGCAGCGGCUCGCGCGGGGGGACAGGAGCUGGCAGCGGGGGUCACGGCGCGAUGCAGCCGCCCCAAGGACGUGGCCAACGCGCACAUCGAUGUGGGCAACAACACGCCGCUCAAUGCCUGGCUGCGCUACACCUGCAACCCGGGCUACAAGCGCAAAGCCGGUACCUCCAGCCUCAUCCAGUGCAUCCUCCGCGACGGCUCCACCGAGCCCGAAUGGACCCGCACCACACUGCAAUGCAUCCGGGAUCCGGCUCUACCUCCACUAACGCCCAGCCCUGAGCUCCCGACUGCGCUGUACACGGAGAGGAUGACCCAGAGGGUUUCCAUCCAGACCCUGGCCUCUUACAUUGGGCUCCCGCUGCUGGUGGUCGCCGGCAUCGUGGCCUGCUGCUGCUGGAGGAUGAAAACGCGCGCGGGGCAGCACUACGCAGAGGUGGUGACGGCCAUCCCCAUGGUAGCUCCUGCUGCUGGGAACACGGAGAUGUUGCCACCCAGCGUCUUCCCCACGGGCUGA